UACGUUUUGUGUACAUAUUACUCAAAUGACUUGAACGCAACUGUAGAUUCUCUCUUUCGAAAAAACUGUAUGAAACACUAUUAUUUAUUGCACCAAUAUUGUUAUUCAAUGUAAAAGAAAAAUAUCACCACAUUUCAAUUAUGUGCGUAGGAAUCGAUGUCCGAGAUUCACGAGUACUUAAAUGAACAACACGCGAUACAGGUGUAUCGUAAACCGUAAUGUGAUAAUGAAAAAUAAACAUAGCAAUGUUUUGAUUUGUCGAUAUGCAUGCAAAUCAUAAUAAUGAAUUUACUUUACGGCUGACUUAUUUUCAAACAUAAUGUAAUAAUAAUAAAUUGCUACAACAUUUUAAUAUCGUUCCUUUCAAACAUGUGUGUGUCAAUUGUAUACAUAUAUGUUACUGUAAAGGGUUAUUCGUAACAUAGUUAUGCCUUAAAAUGCAUUUUUUUUUUAUGUGCAUUAUGAAUUGAAUUGAAAAUAAUCUCAUAAGUUUAAUAUUUUUUCUAGCCAUUGAUAUGACUACGCGCAUCUAUGUUCUCGGUAUUUCUUCGGGAUUACUCGUUAAAUUCCGUCAAUGACAGAAAGCCAAUCUGAACGCUUCGGACAGUGCUACACCACGAUCGCCGUUAUGGCGGAAUUGUCCGAGGGUUUCCGAUUGGACAGAAAGCUACGAAAGUCAGAACCGUGAUUUUGAUUGGUCGAUUUUCAAUCCCACAAAUCCUUUACAAAGGGCGCGCACUUCGACGUUUGAACUUUCUGGUUGAUUGAGGCGCCAUUAACGUAAUUGAGCUGAACCGUGAAAGAUUAAUACAGUCAAAGGUCAAAGUUCUAUUUUAAUUAAGAUCAUGUACGCAAUAGUAUUUUGGGAGGAUUCGACGUUUACCGUCAUAUCUUUAACAAACAUUGUUUCACCGCGGAAAGAAAUCCACGAAUAUGCCGUAGGAGAGGCUGUGAAAGCAAAGUUUGGAGGAAAAGCUGUACAGCGCUCACAUUUAUGAGUUAUCAGGUAAGAUCAUAAUUUUAAAAACCCGUAGUAAAUAGUGUUAACGGAUUUAUUUAUGAGUGUUGAUUUACUGUUCGUGUUCUACAUUAUCGUUGGCAAAGUACCUAAAUCCGGAUAUACUUUAAAUCCGGAUAUCUUAUGUUUAAGCAUUUUAGCAGAGACAAAAAAGGGGCCGGUUUUAAAACUUUACACAUUUAUGUCGGUCAAAGGCUAUACAGUCUUUCAGAGCGUAUGUGGCAAUGUUAUUUCCUUAUCCGACAAUAUAUGAAUAUUGAAUUUCGAAUUUACUACUGCACAUAUUUUCUUUAUAAAACUAACUCUAUACUGUAGUCUUGAUUGUUUUAUAUGGAAUGCCUAUCAAACCAGACUGAAUAGAUUGAUAAUAAAGAGUUAAGAUCUUAUGCAUUAAAUGUAUAGACAAGCAAUUUGGCUCUUUCAUGUUUAUUAUCAGUAUAUUUAAUUAAAUUCUUGGACAUGUUUUAUAAAUGAAAACAUCUUUUUUUAGAAACCAGUCAUGUUUGUGUUAAAAUCAGGCAUUACCCAUACAUUUAACUUUUAGAUGACAGGGCAACGCUGAGCAAGCAACUGAGAAAUGGGAUGACGCUGGAUCUACAAAGACUACAAAUUGAUGUGCCUGUUGAGCCUCUGAAGACUGCUGAUGUAGGCCAGCCUGUUGAGCCUUUGAAGACUGCUGCUGUAGGCCAGCCUGUUGAGCAUUUGAAGACUGCUGCUGUAGGCGAGCCAACAAAAAAACGUCCUAAGUCUUCAUGUGACUCGCUUAAGAACAACAGCAAGCAGACCAAAAAGCAAAAAAAGGCAAUAGAAGAAACAGUGGUCUCUGCAGCUCCUUUUUCUGAGGCCAUCUCAAAUCCAACACAAAACCCACUUGUUGAGCAAGCCAUGCUCAUAUUGCAGAAAAGGAGAGCACAAACCCAGUCACCCCAUCCAAUUGCUGCGCUUUCAACAAGCUGUUCGCCAACAAUCCAGACGCCUGCCAUGCAUGAGAGCCAGACGUACCAUGUGCUCCAGAAUCAGAACCAGACGCCUUUCCCAGUGAUUUCAUCUCCGCUGCCAAGCUGGUCUACUAGCUAUCAUGAAUACAGUGACCCCUCUCCACAGCAGUGGCAGUAUGAUGAACCAGUUAUCAACCAGCACGUCAGUGGAUCCUACCUGUCGAUGCUGAACAGCUCUUUCGAGACAGAGCAGACUGAAACUAGAUGCCAGGACUCCACUGUUGAAAGAUUGGAAAGACGCAUUGCUGAACUAGAAUCACAGGUGAAAGAUCUGCAGCAGGAGAGGCACAAGACUUCGGUAACACCACCCAGAAUGCCCCAGAUGCCAAAAAGCUUGCAAAACUUCAGCAAUACUAUGCAGAAGGCAACGCUACCGACAAAUGGGUCGAUGCAGACGAAUAGGUCUUCGCUGCAGACAAAUGGGUCGCCAGCAAAUGGGUCGCCAGCAAAGGGGUCGUCAGCACAUGGGUCGUCAGCACAUGAGAUCAUUGAAAGCGCGAUCGGAUUUGAGAGGAGAAUGCCCAAGGCACUGGCAAAAGCUAUGAGAGCUGUAUUUACAGAGGAGCAGCUGGCCACCUGUUCGUUCAAGGGUGGCAUAACCACCAAUGGGGAUCCUCGUGUCGGCCUACCAGAGGCUGAGCGAGAAGCUGUCAUUGAUGUUAUGUCCCACAAAUUUGAGGUUGACCGAUCAGUCAUCGAGACCAAAAUGCGAAGUGCUUUGAGGAGAUUGUUUGUAAUGUUAAGAUAAAAAAUGUGUGUCGCUCCUAAAUAGUUUAAACUGAGAUAUCUUGUGUGUAAAUAGUUGUAAAUGGUUGUAUAUAUUUUCAAGUUUUUCAAUUUUAAAGUUAUGUAGAUCUCAAAUGUGCUUCCAUGUCCAUAGUGCUAAUAUAUUUAAUAAUUAGAAUGAAUUAUCUUUGAUAUUUUUUUUUUAAUAAAUUCGAGAAACUUACAUAAUUUGUGCGCCACAUUACAAGUUUGGCAAGAAAUAAUCUCUUACAAUAUUAACAACCAUGUGAGAAUUGAGAAAGAUUUUUUUUUAACUUUUUUGCUAUUUGACAAUUUGGUAAGCCUAUGUCUUUGUCUUUCAACAUAUUUUAUUUGCCAUUGUUAUUUAUUGUGAUAUUGUUUGAAAAAAAUGUAUAUAUAUUGACAUGUUAUUUUUCAUUUGCAUUCUUUGUAUGGAGCAAUGUAAACCAAAAAGUAUAGGGACAGGGGCAGUUGCAGAGGAAAGCGGAAAAGCUUUUAAGCACCCAUAGA